AUGACUGGUGGUGGAGGUGCUAGAACCAAGGCCAGGUGUCAGCCAGGACUUCUCUUAUGCCAGUGGCUGACAUUGCACUGUAGGGGCAGAAGCAUGUCCCAAGUUGUUGGAAUAGAAACCUUGAAGGUCAGAGUUGAUUAUAGUUUUCGUGUAUAUGGAGAAAAAUUUGAAAGAGCAGAAAUAAAUGACGAGAAGCUACUUAACAUCAACCAGCAAAAACUUAAUAAACUUGGCAUAAUCCGAACUUCCCACCAGGAUAUCAUAUUAAAAGCAGUCACUAAUAUCUAUAAAAAAGACAAAGUUGAAGAGCAAGCUAUGCAAGGAGAAGAUCAGAAUGACAAAAAGAUGCCUACCAGAUUCAGAAAACAAAGUGAACAUCUUGAGCAUGCUAUUGACCGUGUUCUUGUCAUGAUAUCGGAAAGAAGAAGGGCACGUACUCUACAUGGCACUUAUGAACAACCAUCUGAUAACAUUCGUACUGCUGCUGUUGAAGUGAUUAAUACGGUCAAGAUGAUACUAAACAUUCUGGAAAGCCCUCCAUUUGAUUGCAUGUCAGAAUUUUCCAGUCUGAAAAACCACCUCAUUAAACAUAUUACAUUACUGAAACAUUUCUCUGAACAGGUUUUUGUUUGGAAUAUGACGGAUGUCAUUGAGUAA